AGUCUUUUGUUGUCUUUCUCAACGUCACGUUCGUCUUGAGGUCGAGCUGUUUCUUGAGCGUAUGCCGUCCUCUUCAUCAGCAGUCCAGCCUUUCUAAACCCGCUGGUAACAUUUGAAUAAAGCCGCAUUGCAGCGUUCAAAGCGUUUGGGGAAAAGUAGAAGUCCGGAAAUUACAACACGUUAAAAGCUCAAAAUAUAAUGUACAAUGACAAAAAUAUAAUGUACAAAGACAGAAAUCAGCUACUGCGAGUUAACGAAAUGAAUUAGUUUCUUGACUGAUAUAACAUGAAUCACUGUUAACAGUGUUUCGGUAUAUUGUAAUGUUUCUUUUUGUAUUUUACAAAAAUUAGAUGUUUCUUCGCAUCUUUUAAUGUGUUUCAAAUAUUGUUUGAAGAAGGCUGAAAGAGUUAAAUGAAAACUCCCCAGAAUGUGCCACUUUUUUAUCCGAUAAAUCGAUCAAUCUUCAGAAUAAUUGAUUGAAUGAUUGAUUGCUAAAAUAAUAAGUUGCAGCUCUUAAAGAAGUUAUUAUUUGAAAGCUGCAAUUUGGAUUUAUUCAGACUAUCCUUAAGAUGUGAUUAUUGAUGUGAUGCUUUUGGUUGAAAAAUAAAAAAAAACACACACACACAACACAAACAAUAAAUCUGUCAGGGGCCAACAACUUUGCCUGGAUCCUUUCCAGUUGUUUUGGGGACACUAGUAAUUAAAGAAGUUCCUGAUGCUGGUUCAGUUUCCUCUGUGGUAUUCUGUCAUAUUGAUAAGCAAACGGGACGUCUCGUUUCUCCAGAACUCUGCAGAGUUGGAAAAGUGACUCCUCUGAUGCAAUGCGUGGCCCCCAGCAUCCAAUGAGCUGCGGGAUGCCCCGGAGCCCCGCCCCUCGGUGAUAUCUAUUUAUAAUAUUGCAACAGCAGCUUUUUGACAGUUAUGUGAGUUACAGAACCUCAGGAACCACAGCUUUAUCUCAAUGAACGCAGCCUCACCUUGACCCAGAGCGGCCCCGUUAUCGUUCCGACAGCUUAUAUUUUUAUAUCUCCCGAGUCCCCGUCAAAAACUCCUCCAACUUUUUCUUCUCUGAGCUGCUUCAUCUUCAAGAGAAACAAUGACAGAGGGGAACAAUGUGACGGAAAGUGACAAAAAAGACCCUACCGCCGGAGACGUGCCGGUGGAGCCGGUCUCUGCGGAGGAGAAGACUGAGGAGGAGGAGAAGAACGGGGAGUGUAAGAUGAACUUGGCGGAGAAAGCCUCUCCUCCUGCGGCGGAGGAGGUCGAGUUCGUCCACCCCGAGGGCGGCUGGGGCUGGGUGGUUAUGCUGGCAUCCAUGUGGUGCAACGGCUCGGUGUUCGGGAUCCAAAACUCCUUCGGCUUACUGUUCGUGUCCCUGUUGAAAGAGUUCGGCUCAGAGGACGACCCGGACCUGCGUUUCAGAACCUCAUGGGUGGGCUCCCUCUCCAUGGGAAUGAUCUUCUUCUGCUCCCCCAUUGUCAGCAUCUUCACAGACAUGUUUGGCUGCAGGAUUACUGCAGUAGGUGGCGCUGCUGUCGGCCUGGUCGGCCUCCUGGCCAGCUCCUUCGUCAAGAGCCUUGGUGUGAUGUAUUUCACGUAUGGCAUCGUGUUCGCCUGCGGCUGCUCCUUUGCCUACCAGCCCAGCCUGGUCAUCCUGGGUCACUACUUUAAGAAGCGCCUGGGCCUGGUGAAUGGCAUUGUGACAGCCGGCAGCGGGAUCUUCACCGUCACCUUGCCCUUCGUUCUGUCAGAGCUGCUGGAAAAAGUGGGCCUGCAAAACACUCUGCGUGUUUUCUGCAUUCUCAUGUUUGGACUGAUACUAGCCGGCUUCACCUACAAACCCCUGCUGCCAAGCAAACCUGCCGAGACCCAAACAGGAUUCCGUCUGAGUCAGAUUUUCAACAUGAACAUCUGGAAGUCUGUGGGAUACCGUAUUUGGGCUUUUGGAAUACCUGCUGCUCUUUAUGGGUACUACGUACCAUACGUCCAUCUGAUGAACCACGUGCAGGAGCGCUUUGGGACAGACGCAAACAAAGAGAUCCUGCUGCUGUGCAUCGGCAUCACGUCCUGCCUGGGCCGGUUCAUCUUCGGCAGCGUGGCGGACUUUGUGAAGGGAUCCAACAAAGUGUUCCUGCAGGUCCUUUCAUUCUUGAUCAUCGGCGUCAUGUCCAUGAUGAUCCCGCUUUGCCACAUCUUUGGAGGGCUGAUCGCCGUGUGCCUGCUGAUGGGGCUUUUUGAUGGCUGCUUCAUCUGCAUUAUGGCGCCCAUCGCCUUCGAGCUGGUCGGAGCCAAAGAUGUCUCCCAGGCUAUCGGCUUCCUGCUCGGCCUGAUGUCCGUUCCCAUGGUUGCAGGUCCCCCGAUUGCAGGGUUCCUGAGGGACAAACUGGGCAGCUAUGACUUGGCUUUCUACCUGGCAGGCAUCCCCCCAAUCAUUGGGGGGGCUGUGUUGUGUCUUAUACCAUGGGUGGAGGCCAGGAACAGGAGGAAGCAAAAGAAGGAGGGCCUGAGCAAGGAGCAAGAUGUCAGCCAGAAGAUGAUAGAGAUGGAGAAAGCUCCGGAAGAUGCAAAGAAGAAAAUAGGAGAUUCUGUCCUCUAAGGACUGCCUGCCUCCCCCAAAAUAAACUGAAAGAGACAAUCAUUGGGUCAGCUUGGGGUCAGUGCUGAUCGGCAGUGUUAAAAUGCUGUUCCUUUGUUUUGUUUUUUUAGCCUUCAGUAUGAUGAAAUUCCAAAGCAGUGCAACAUAUCAAAGGUAAAGUGUUUGAACUAAUUCCAAGAUAGACGUGAUCCUGAUCUCUUCCCAGACAGCAGAACUCAUUAUAAUGCUGCUCCUUCUGUCCUCAGUGUCUUAAAAAAACACAGAGGUUUUACCGUAGCCGUAGCCAUAGCUGUAGCUGUAGCUGUAGCCAUAUAGCUCAGAACAAGCAUUUACAAGAUUAAACAAAUUUACGUUUAGCUUGUUUUUAGCUUUGUUUUAUGGAUGAAUCAGCUUCAAAGAUUCCUUCUUAACCACAACCCUAGUUUCAAUAAAGCUGGGUAAAACAUAAUAAAACAGAAUAUAACGAUUUACAAAAUCUUUUCAACCUAUGUUCAAUUGAAUUCACUGCAAAGACAAUAUAUUUAUUGAUCAGAUAAACUUUGUUGUUUUUUUUUUGCAAAUAUUCACUUAUUUGGAAUUUGAUUUGUUCAACACAUUCCAAAAAAUUUGGGACAGUUCGAACACAGCAGUAACACCUGCAGAAUGUGGCUUCGUGUUGUCUAGCUGGGACAAGCAGGGACGUCCCUGAAAAAGACGCAGCUUGGAUGGUACUACAUGUUGCUCCAAAAUCCGUAUGUAGUUCUCAGCAUCGAUGUUGCCUUCACAGAUGUACAAGUUAUUCAUGGGUUAUUUUCAGUUCCCAUACAGACAUCUGAGGUUUAGUAUCAGAUCAGAUACAGAAAACCAGAACAGAACUGGCUUAAACACAGACAUAAACAUCCUGAACUCCAAAUUGGUUUGAUAACUCUUCACCAGCACAGCACACUUACAUACACUGUUUACUUCACAAACUUGGUCAACGUGUAAAAAACAACUUUCAUUUGUUCAAUCAGUGCAAUUAGGAGUGGAACAACCAAUGGAAAAAUAAAUAAUAAAUAAACUGAAACUGACAAAAAAAUAGGUUGACUACUUUGGUCAAACAUUUAAAAAUAAACUGCAGCGAUCUUCUUUCAAAUGGUUCAGAAAGUGCAAUUAGGAAUUCUAUACAUAAUGUAAGGUAAAUAAUAAAGCAUGACGUCGCUUUAGCGUGGCAUGGUAGAGUUUUGCCUUGUAAUGUAGAACAAGGUAAAACUUGUUUAUCAUGGUGUUCAUGGACCAUGGUUUUCUGAACAGUUCCUCAGCCCAUGUGGUAACAUCAAUUACCAAAUUAUGUCAGUUUUUAGUGCAGUGGCGAAGGAGGGGUCAAAGGUCACGGAGAUCCAAUGAUGGUUUUCGGCCUUGCCGCUUUCUUGCAGAGAUUUCUCCAGAUUCUCUGAAUCUUUUGAUGAUACUAUGGACAGUAGGUGUUCAAAUCCCUAAAUUUCUUGGAAUUGUAGGUUGAGGAACGUUGUUCCGGAACUGUUGGAUUAUUUGCUCAUGUAGUUGUUCAAAAAGUGCUUAUGAAUGACGGGGUCUUUUCAUGGAUGCUCCCUUUAUUCUCAGUCACGACUCUCACCUGUUUCAAACUAACUUGUUCAGCUGUAAAAUGUUCCAAAUGAAGAUUUUUGCGAGACUGCAUAACUUUCCUGAUCUUUUGCUUCCCCCUUGUCCAAACUUUUUUGGAACAUUUUUGCAGGAAUCAAAUUCCAAAUAAGUAAAUAUUUGCAAAAACACUAUAGUUAAUCUGUUGAACAUUAAAUAUCUUUGUUGUGAAUUCAAGUGAAUAUUGGUUGAAAAACAUUUGCAUAUCGUUGUUUUGUUACAUUUUACACAGCAUCCCAACUUCACUGGAAUUGGGAUUGUAAUCCAUCCAGGAUUCUGAGUCUUAAAGUUUUGAAGGAGCUGCAAAAACAGGGUCAUUAAUAUCUCAAAGGGACAUUUGUUAAGAAGUCUUGAAGAUUAGUGUUAAUUUGUGAUUGAAACUGUGAGGACACUCGAACAUUUCUAGGUAAGCUGCUCUUGAAAUUCCUGUUUCCAUUCCAGACUGACACAGAGGCGAUGGUGGUGGUUUUAACAGCACAAACCAAAACAGGAGAGUACUGCCCACCGUCUCUUUUAGUCUGCAUUUCAGAGUUUUAAAAUGAAGUUAUGAGGUUUUUUUUAAAGUAUAUUUUUAACAGAUGUCAACAAAGCAGGAAACAGGAGGCGGCUGUUUGCCAAAUGCUACAGAACCAGAAUUUAACUAACUCAGGAAUUUUCACAGUGUUAAAUGUGAGCAAUUAAGACAUUUUGUGCUCCCUAAAUGUUGAACUAUUCCUUUAACAAUGCUAAAUCUUGCUUGAAUAGUGAUUCAGACUGAAGGUGUGGCCUUCAUCUUUCUCUACAUGCCUUAACACAACCUAAUGUAUCGAUUAUUGUUUUUUGUUUGUUUGUUUGUUUUUUGUGCUGUGAUUUGGGCAAAGCUUCAAAACCCAAAAGCACCUCGUUAAAGUCGUCAUACUAUUUCAACUUCUCCACAUCACACAGCAAACA